CAACACCCAAUUCCUCGAAAUUUUUGAACUUUCCGCUGGUGAUCUUUCCGUCGACUUCACUAACGCAGGAAUCAACCUCGAGGUCUGAGUCAAAAUGGGUGCCCUCAAAUACCUCGAAGAGCUUCAGAAGAAGAAGCAGAGCGACGUCGUUCGCUUCCUUCUUCGCGUUCGCUGCUGGGAGCUUCGCCAGUUGAACGUCAUCCACCGGGCCUCGAGACCCAGCCGCCCCGACAAGGCCCGCCGCCUCGGCUACAAGGCCAAGCAGGGCUAUGUCAUCUACCGCGCCCGUGUCCGUCGCGGUGGCCGCAAGAAGCCCGUCCCUAAGGGUGCCACCUAUGGCAAGCCCACCAACCAGGGUGUGAACCAGCUCAAGUACCAGCGCUCCCUCAAGUCCACCGCCGAGGAGCGUGUCGGCCGCCGCUGCGCCAACCUCCGCGUCCUCAACUCCUACUGGAUCAACCAGGACUCCACCUACAAGUACUUCGAGGUUAUCCUUGUCGACCCCCAGCACAAGGCCAUCCGCCGCGAUCCCCGCAUCAACUGGAUCGUCAACCCCGUCCACAAGCACCGCGAGUCCCGUGGCCUUACCUCCACCGGCAAGCGCUCGCGCGGUCUCAACAAGGGUCACCGUUACAACAAGACCCGCGCUGGCCGCAGAAAGACCUGGAAGCGCCACAACACCCUCUCCCUCUGGCGCUACCGGUAAACGGCUCGCCUACGAGGUCCGUAGUCUACGAGAUCUGGUGCUGGCUCUGGCUGUUCUGCUCAUUGGCACACUUUUUGGCUGGGUCUUUGGGAAUCAAGGGAACUUCCGGUUGUCCUGCUCCUCUUUAUGGUCUCGACAGCGAUGGUUUCUUGAUUGCAAAUCAUCGCUGGGACACAACGGAAAGAAGGGUGAAUCCGCAUGGAGUUGUGGAAAAUCCAGUUAGCUCACCAAAAUGGACUAAACGCAUUUUCGGGUGUGCAUAUGAUACCUCUGUCCUUUUAAUGACAUUCUGAUGAUCAUCGUCUUUGUGAUUCCCAUAUUUUGUUCUCUUACAGUUCACUGCCAAUGAAUCAAGUGGACUUG